GGGUCACCGCGCAUACCUGAGCAGCGCCCCGCACUACGACUUCCCUCGCUACCGGCAGUUGGUACACGAGGUAACGGCGGCCUUCAGCGGCAUCUCCCGCGAGGUGCUGCAGCUCCAGGGCCGCCUGCGGGAUGAACUCGGCCGCCCCGACCUGGCCCAGCACCUCACCCGCCUCCAGGAGCGCGAGCAGGAAAAGCUGCAGCUGACAGCACAGCUCCAGCUGGCCCGGCAGCGGGUGCAGGAUGAGCCCGGCGUGGACACCAAUCAGCAGGAGGUGCGGGAGCUCAAGCACAGGUCGGUGGGCACCCCCUGC